CCCGUCCCUGCCCCCGGCCGGCUCGGCUCCUGCGCGCGGGGCCACGGCGGCCUCGGCUUUGCGCCUCGCGGGUAGCGGGCGGCGCGGCGAGCGGCCCUGCGACCCCUUAGCCGCUGAGAGCCCGCCGCUUCCGGGGCGGGCCGGGACCGCUUCCCUGCGGACGGAGCCGCUCGGGGGGCCGCCCCGUGGGGCCACGGAAGCCGGUCCCCUCUCUGCGCGUCUGUCUUCUGUGUUUGACGGGGUUCCUCCGUGCAGAACUUCCCUGAGGAGCGGGCGGGACGCCCCGCACCUGCCCCGACCGCAGGUGGCGUCCGGCAUGGCCGCGGCCUGCGCGCGCGUCCCGGCCUCGGCUAGCCCAGCGUCAGAGGCGCACGAGGACAUCAUCCAAGUGAAGGUUAAGGAGGAAGACCAUGUGUGGGAUCAGGAAUCCUGCCUGCAGGAGACUUGGUGUCACACCAGGGAACUCUGUCGCCAGCGCUUCAGACACUUCUGCUACCAGGAGACGCCUGGACCCCGCGAGGCGCUGCGCCGGCUCCGCGAGCUGUGCCGCCAGUGGCUGCGGCCCGAGACGCACAGCAAGGAGCAGAUCCUGGAGCUGCUGGUGCUGGAGCAGUUCCUGACCAUCCUGCCCGAGGAGCUCCAGGCCUGGGUGCGGGAGCACCACCCGGAGAGCGGGGAGCAGGCGGUGACCGUGCUGGAGGAUCUGGAGCGGGAGCUGGACGAGCCUAGACAGCAGGUGAGACAUUGGCGGUGCCUCUUCUGUGCAGAAGUUGAGGGCGUGGGUCCAAGCUGGAGUACGUGCCAUCAACUCCACACUGGUGGCGGCACAUUCCGCUUUGGGGCAUUAUUAUUUGAUCGCCGGUGUAGAUGAAUAGAUUCAGGCUUAUGGAUAACAGUUUGCACGUAAGUGACAAAUCCACAAAAGUAGAUGAUGUAACCACAUGGGAAACCUUGAGCUAUUGCUUAUCAGUAGAAAAUACACUUUAUUUACUGGCUGUGAGAUUAAACUCUUCUGAUGCCCACUACUUUUACCAUAUAUGAAAACAAAUCAGUAUCAGGAUAUAAGGAGCACCUUCUGGGAAAGACAAAUAGAGAAGUAGCCACUUACUAGAAGUAUCAGGAAAAAGGGAAUGAUGAGAUUUGGGUUCCAUAAUAGGCCCUGUCACUAAUUAGCUGUGUAACCUUUGGCGUAUCAAACCUUCUCUGGGCUUUAAUGUCUUCGUUUGUACAACAAAGAAAUUAAUUCCAUCAUUUUCUAGAUGGUUUUCAGUACUUGGAGUUGUUGGUAUGUGAAACGUAUUGAGUUCAGUAUUUGGUCUUUCACCCUUACGCUAGAGGUUAUUUUUAAGGGAGCAUACAUGCCUUCUAGGACAGUAAUUUUAGAACAUGUCGGAUAUUACCAGUCACAUUUCUAUAAUGAUCCUAUCCAUACAUUUAUCCGAACUCCUUAAAUAUGAACAUUUUACGUAUACAGUCUGAUCCAUUAAGACAUGUUUUUCUGGAAUGCAGAUCUUUCAUAUGAGAUUGAUAAAUAAGGAAAUGAGUCCAUGUAACAUUGAAAUCGUUCUGGCACAGACGUGAAUUUUACCAGCAAGCUGAUGUUUGGGGCCGCCAAGUGAGAGCAGCUGAAUGCAAGGCGUGUGAUUAUAGCGGAUGCAGCAAACUGAGAAGACGGGCAGCACUGUGCCAAACGCCCGUUUGCCCAUUCACCUCCACAUCCUUCCUCUUGGCCAGUCUCUGUUUUGGAAAUGCUUCUUUGCGUGGUUCCCUCCCAACUGUGUGCAUUUUUUGUUCAACUUCUUUGUGUUCCAGAAAAUGAGCAAGCAGAGGGGUUUACAAGUGCCACAGAAGCAAGCUGGUGAUGAAAUCUCUGCUAGCGAACACAAAAGAACAGCUUUAAGAAUUGAAGAAAAGCCCAAAAUUACAAAACGCUUUUAAAACAUGGAAGCAUCUGUGACAUUGUGCAACCGGCGUAAAGGAGUCAACGUUGCAUGCUGCCAGAGACAGUAGAAGAACUGGGAAGUAGCAGAAAGUUCUGUAGCUGGAACAUCUGCCAGCACUACAAAGUUUGUUUGGACGAGGUGUAAGGACAUGGAAAAACCGGAACAUUGGUUAAGUGUGUGGAUUGAAUACCAAACAAAGAAGGAAUCAGAGGCAUCCUUUCUCAAAUAAAGGGAAGUCUUAGCAAUAUAUGAAGACCUUCAGGAAAAAGCUACAAGUGCAGAAGUGUCUUCACUUAGCGGAAGUAGUGGCUGCUUUAGUGACUUCAAGAACGGCCGUGUCUUCCAGUGCUAAGCCCUCUGGUGAACUGUGACUGCGGAUAGAAGAAGCUGUACGGUUCUCCCAGGGUUAAGAAAUCUGAUUGAUGAAGAAGGCUAUUCCCUGGAUCAGAUUUUAAUUUUGAUGAAACCAGGCUGCACUGGAAGCACAUUCCCUCAAGGGUCUGUAUCUCUAAGGAGGAAACGCACAACACACACGAGGGCUUGAGGCCACGCGAGAUCGUGUGAUGUGAUGCGGGGUGCAAAUCCCAGUGGGGAUGUAAAGC